UGUUCCCUGAGCUGCCCUCUUCUCGGACUCCACCCACUUCGGCCAGAAACACUUCCGGGUUUGUUGGCUCCUGAUUGGUCCAGAAGCCGGAAGUGAGGGCGGGCGGUGGUGCCGUUGCCGCAGUGACAGUACCGGGGGAGUGGGAAGAUGGCGGCGUCGCGUCGCUCUCAGCAUCAUCACCACCAUCAUCAACAACAGCUCCAGCCCGCCCCAGGGGCUUCGGCUCCGCCACCGCCACCUCCCCCGCCGCUCAGCCCGGGCCUGGCCCCGGGACCCACCCCAGCCUCGCCCACGGCCGGUGGCCUGGCGCCCUUCGCCUCCCCGCGGCACGGCCUGGCGCUGCCGGAGGGGGAUGGCAGCCGGGACCCGCCCGACAGGCCUCGAUCUCCGGACCCGGUGGACGGCGCCGUCUGCGCGGUGGCAGCUGCGGCCGCGGUCCCGGCAGCUUCCGCCGCCGUCGGGGUCGCUCCCAGCCCAGCCGGCGGUGGCGGUAACAACUCCGCGUCGUCCACUUCUUCCCCGACAUCUUCUUCGUCUUCCUCCCCGUCCUCGCCAGGCUCGAGCUUAGCGGAGAGUCCCGAGGUGGCCGGGGUUGGCUCCACAGCAACUUUGGGACCCGGGGCGGCGGGCCUCGGCCCGGGGGUCCCAGCCGUGAGUGGGGCCCUGCGGGAGCUGCUGGAGGCCUGUCGAAAUGGGGACGUGUCCCGGGUGAAGAGGUUGGUGGACGCAGCGAACGUGAACGCGAAGGACAUGGCCGGACGAAAGUCUUCUCCCCUGCACUUCGCAGCAGGU